AUGAUUCUGAUACGGCGACUCUGGCUGUUGCCAGCGUUCUUCCUGGCUGGUAUUAUCUAUUACAUGUACCUCUGGCCCAGCGAUCCUACCGCAGUCCCCUUCCCACCAUCGAGCCACAAGACCAAUCUACACUGGACCAAACGGCCCGAGCGAUAUCCUCUUGCAGGUUAUCGAGAGUUUCCUACGGGCCCUCUCGAGAAAAUCCCCAAGAUCCAGUUUGACUUCGACGCGCACCCCGAAACUGCGGCUGCGAGGACGACCCGAGAAACAAGAAGAGCUGCGGUCAAAGAAGCAUUCGUUCAUGCCUGGAAUGGAUAUAAGAAAUAUGCCUGGGGUCAGGAUGAAGUUGCUCCGGUCAGCGGCGCAUAUCGCUCCAGUUUCGGCGGCUGGGGGGCUACUCUCGUCGACACAAUGGACACGCUCCUCCUGAUGGGCAUGAAGGAUGACUUUGACCUCUGCGUCGAGCAAGUCAAACGCAUCGACUUCACCACCAACGAUGUCGACACGCUGAAUGUCUUUGAAACUACGAUCCGCUACCUCGGUGGCCUCCUCGCCGCGUAUGACCUCACCGACGGAAAGUACGGGAUUCUGCUCGACAAGUCACGCGAAUUGGGCGAGAUUCUCUACUCGGCCUUUGACACCCCGACCCAUAUGCCCAUGACGCGGUGGAACUGGAAAAAAACAGCCCUCGGCGGCGAGAUCGAGCCUGGUACCAACACGCUGCUGGCGGAAAUCGGGAGCUUGACGGUCGAGUUCACGCGGUUGAGCCAGCUGACCGGCGACCUGAAAUACUUCGACGCCGUCCAACGCAUCGCAGAGGAGAUGGAGUGGGCCCAGAACACCACCCGCAUCCCCGGGCUGUGGCCAACCAUUGUCAACGCAAAGGACAUCUCGUGGGACUAUAACCAUUUUACAAUGGGUGGCAUGGCCGAUUCGACCUAUGAAUAUCUGCCGAAGCAGUACCUGAUGCUGGGAGGCCGGGACGAGAAGUACAAGCACAUGUACGAAGAGGCCAUUGACACUGCAAAGAGGCAUCUCUUCUUCCGCCCACUGGUGCCAGGGGGUGACAAUAUCCUUUUCAGCGGCAACGCGGCCUUGACUUCUCUCGAGACGAUCCCCAUCGCCAACAUUGAGCCGCAGGGUCAACACCUGGCCUGCUUUGUCAGUGGCAUGGUUGGCAUCGGCGCCAAAAUCUUUUCUCGACCCGACGAAUUGGACGUCGCUCGUCGACUGAUUGAUGGCUGUGUCUGGGCUUACAAUGCGAUGCCGUCCGGCUUGAUGCCCGAAACGUUCCACAUGAUAGCCUGUCAAAUUGGCACGAUCGAUCCAUCGCCUGGAAAAUGUGACUGGACGGAUGACAAGUGGUAUGAAGGCGUGUCUAGAAAACACACCUCGAGCCAGGAAAGCGACACAACGAUGAGCGCCGUUGAGCGCGGCAAACGACUCGUCCAACAACGUCGUCUGUUCCCGGGCUUCACCGACCACGGCGACAACAGAUACAUCCUCCGCCCGGAGGCCAUCGAGUCCGUCUUCAUCAUGUACCGCAUCACAGGCGACCAAAGAUACCAAGAUAUUGCCUGGAAGAUGUUCCAGGCCAUCGACAAGGCGACGAGAACGCCCAUUGCGCACGCGGCCAUCCACGAUGUGAGGCACGCAGAGCCCGGGAAAAGUGAUCGCAUGGAGAGCUUCUGGCUCGCCGAGACGCUCAAGUACUUUUACUUGGUGUUUAGUGAGCCGACAUUGGUGGACUUGGAUGAAUGGGUCCUCAAUACGGAGGCGCACCCCUUGAAGCGGCCGACUACGUGA